AGACUGCGCUUUGCAGCGUACCGUCCGCGCCCACGUAGCCGCACCCCUUCACGUUGCGCAGACAUCUUUGUUCAUCAUUGGCGCUGCCUUUUUUGCCUCGUCAUUCACCACGACAUAAAUAGAAGAACCGCGCUUUCAGCGUCUCCCAGCGCGGUACCGCAGGCACCCACUGGGACAUAUAGGCAUACCAUACAACAACCGAAAUACUAUCACACACACACACCCACACACCCGUCAUCUUCAACGCGUACGCUCCACCUCAUUACUAUUAUCUUGCGAACUCGCUUCUCCCUCAUAUUGGUCGUUCACCUUCUCACUUGCAGGUCACGCAAGCCGCUAAUACCGCACCCAUUUCUUGUCUUUCUUUUCAGCUUUGACAUUCUUUCUCUCAUAGUAUAAAAACUCCCUACUAUACACACACACACACACAAUACUUGUGCCGACCGGCAACAUGAGCUACGCCGAAGAGUUUGACGGGGCCAUCGGCGUGGACCUCGGCACGACCUACUCCUGCGUUGCGGUCUUCCUCCGUGGUCAGGUGGAAGUCAUUCCGAACGACAUGGGCAACCGCACCACUCCAUCUUGCGUGGCCUUCUACAACGGGGACGUGCUGGUCGGCGACGCGGCAAAGUCGCUGCUGGGCCGUGGCGCGACGGGUGUCAUCUUCGAUGCGAAGCGCAUGAUCGGACACCGCUUCAGUGACAAGAGCAUCCAGGAAGAUCGUCCGCGGUGGCCGUUCCCCGUGUCGGCGGGCGACAACGACAAGACCCAGAUUGAUGUGCAGUUCAAGGGCGAGGAGCUGCACCUGGCGCCGGAGCAGAUCUCCGCCAAGGUGCUCGCCUACUUAAAGGAGUGUGCGGAGCGACACUUGGGCAAGCGGGUGAGGAAGGCCGUCAUCACCGUCCCGGCCUACUUCAACGACGCUCAGCGGGAGCGGACGAAGGCGGCGGCGACCAUUGCGGGCCUGGAGCCCCUUCGCAUCCUCAACGAGCCGACCGCGGCGGCGCUGUGCUACGGCCUCGGCAUUGGCAGCGGUACAGGAGAGCAACAGGGUGCCGACAAGCCACACAACGUCGUCGUCUUCGACUUCGGCGGUGGCACCUUUGAUGUGUCCGUCAUCACGAUCGACUGUGGCAGCUUCGCGGUGCGUGCGACGGCCGGCGACACCCACCUCGGCGGCCAGGACAUCGACUCCAAGCUGCUCCAGUUUGUGCUGAAGGACAUUCAGAAUCGAUUUCAGGUGAAUGUGGCAGAGCAGCCGCGCCUGCUGGCGAAGGCACGAACAGUGUGCGAGCGAGUCAAGCGGACGCUGUCGCACUCAACAACAGAGGAGCUCGCCUUGGACGGAGUGCUGGCGAACGGCGAGGAGUACACGGUGCCCAUCUCGCGCGCGAAGCUGGAGGAGCUGAAUGCGUCUUUGUUCGAGCAGUGCAUGAGGGUGGUGCAGCGCGCACUGAAAGACGCUGGGAUGAAGAUUGAGGACAUUGACGAGGUUGUGCUUGUCGGCGGCAGCUCGCGUAUUCCUAAACUCAACGAGAUGCUGAAGGCGUUCUUCAAGAAGGAGAAGCUGUGCAAUUCUGUCCACCCUGACGAGGCAGUCGCCAUUGGAGCCGCGGUGCAGGCGAGUAUCCUCACCACCUCACCUGAGCAGCAGUCGGAGAAGACGGCGUCGGUGGUGCUCAUGGACGUCGUUCCGCUCAGCAUCGGUGUCGAGAUCGACAAUGGAAAGUUCGACGUGAUCAUUCCCCGCAACACAACCAUUCCGUACAAAGCCACGAAGGAGUACAGCACCGUGGAGGACUACCAGGAGGACGUGGACGUGUACGUGUACGAAGGCGAGCGCCCGCUCACGAAGCACAACCACAAAUUAGGCGAGUUCACCUUGGAGGGCAUCACACGCGCCAAGCAAGGUGUGCCGACCAUCACGGUGACCUUCUCGAUAGACGCAAACGGACUUCUCACCAUCACCGGUACGGAGGAAGUCGCCAACAAGAAGCAGACGCUGGUGGUGCAGAACGACGAGCGCCUUUCCGAGAAGGAGGUGCAGGAGAUGAUUGAAACGGCGAAGAAGUUCUCGAGGGAGGACGCCGUCGACGGCGCCCGGGCAGCCGCAAAGCGCGACCUGGAGGCUGCGUUGGAGACGCUGUCGGCUGCCAUUGUUGCCAUGCCCCAGCCGCCCUCGGUGAAGUUACAGAAGAGACUGGACGCCUUUGUCCCCCGCACGCACGAGUGGAUAGCGCGGCAACUGCCCUCCUACACCACCACUGCUGAGGUGGAGGAGAAGACGAAGAAAAUCGCAAAGUUGGCGAAGAAGGCGUUGAAGAAGGUGCAGAAGGAGGCGAGCGGCGACGCACCGGCGGCGAAGCGCCACCGCAGCGAAAACGGCGAAGACGCAGCGCCGAAGUCGUCGGACGACAGCGAUGACGAAUCGUGA